CAGAAACAGCUGCCAGUGAAACGAAGGAGACUGAGUAACAUCAGCUAAUGAAUUUUAAUCCGUAAGGGAUAAGACAAAAAAACUGGAAAGCGAUUCAGUUUAAUUUCCAUGGGGUUUCAAGCAAGCUUAAGGGUUAUUCUAAGGAUGAUCAUGAAUAUAUGAUUUUCUUGAAAGUCAUCAAUAAACCGGCAUUAAAAAAUACCGACCGUCAAUUAUAAAAUGGCUAUAAUGAGACAGCAGUAAAAUCAAGGCUGAAAACCCUGUAACAAAUCCUUUCACCGGCCCUAUAGAUAGAUAGAAAGUAGGGGCACCUUUAUUGGCGUCGAUAGGAUCAGGAAAAAAAAGCUCAAUGCAAGGAGCGGUGGGGACUGCACCCGAGACACAACACAAGGGCGGUUGGCUUUCAAAAGCAACGAACAUACGGGAACUUACAGUAAGAAUAAGUCAGUAAGGGGACUGUGCCACUGCGGACCUCUGAGGGCACAUUUUCCUCCUCUGAUAACACCAACAAUACUUUGAUGGUACGAAACCCACCAACCAUUCACGAACUAACAAUCACAGGGGAAUAAAUAGUCCUACUCAGUAAAUCGACUCUAUCGCCUGAUGAAGACCUGCAGUACGCGGUCGAAACGUCGCGUUCAAUAUCUAAGUCAGAAUCGUGAGACAAACGAUUAACGAAACCCUUGAUACACAUUAACCAUGGUGAAAAUUAUCUUUCAUGACAAGUCAGCAAACGUUUGCAUUUCUCCGCUUGUACGCAAAUGACUGAGAGUGGACUGGUCAAGAAGUUGACAACUAGCUGAGCAUGCGCGGUUAGUGCUAAGAACAAAAGCGAUUGAAUAAUCAGCCUAAUUAUAUGCUGCACUGAUUAAAGUAGCGCAUAAAUGAUGGAGAAUAAUUAUGACGUAAUCUUUACAUCUUUUGCACAAUAGGCAUUAUUUUCAUUCAGCGGUUUAUUUGGCUAUGCAUUGUAUAGAAACUUACGCGCUCCAAACCCCAUCAAAUAAUAAAAAGAUAGAGGAGAUUGGUUACGAAAACCAACAAACAUCAAAGACAAAAACAACUGCGCUGAAAUUUAUGUUGACCACUCCUUUUCUUCCCUUGGUGUUUUGUUAACAAAUUAAAUAGUGUCAGAAUAAAUUUAUGAAGCGUUUCCGAUUGGUCAGUAAAUUCAAAAUCAAAGGAAUGCUGUUGAACGUUGUGCAAGGUCAGGUCCAAAAAAGCUAACAAACACAUUUACCAAAGAACCCUGAUAAGCUUGAUCGCCGUUGUGUUUAAUUAACUAUGCAUAGGCCAUAAAAAUCAUGUCGCUCAAUUUUCUAUCGAAAUCUCUACACACAAAAGACGGUUCAAAUCGUUACGUAAUCCUCCAGCAAUACACGCUGAUUACAAUCGGUGGUUUUUCUCAGUUCAAACAAGAAAAACAGCUAAAUUUGGUCACAGAAAUGACCAUCGCAAUCAAUUUUCUGCACGUCUUUCCAACGCUGCUACAUUUGGCGAGCUCCGGAACAACCUAUUUCCGAAGAGUAAGUAUUAAGUUUUACGUUUAGUUUUUUCCUCGACAACUAGAGCUUCUGUUACUCAAGUUUAUAUCGUAUAACUUAAACGUUAGCUAUUCAGAUGAUUAAGUAUAAUAGUAGAUGUGGUAAGAACGAUGUUUACCACAAACUCACAUGGUGCUAAGCUAUUAUCUUAUACUAGCCUAAGUCAAAAUUUUUAGUACAUGUAACACUAAGACAUAUAGCGGAAUGCUUGGUUGCGUUUUAUGUUACUUAUAUUCUGAAAUGAUAUCCUGUCAUGAUAGUUUAGGAUGUUUGAAGUAAUGAUAGAUUCAUUUAAAGAAAUCAAUGCCUCAUUGUGUUUACCGCCAGUCUCAAAUUUUAUUCAACACCAAGAACUACUCAAGAAAUACUAAAACUAUUUCUCCAACCUCAAAUAAGAUUGACCCCAUUUCAAUAUCAUUUUCCCCCCUAGUUUGUGAACACUGGAUAUGUUUCCUUUUAACGCGAAUACCGCUUGCACGUCGCGGGAUCGUUGUCCGUAAUUUUUUGCCAUGUUUUUAGAAUAAUGAACUAGUCAUAAAACGAAUAAGGCUAAGCCCUCUUCAAUAUCAUUUUCUCCUGUAGCUUGUGAACAGGACUGCACUGAACGAGUAGCCUUCUGUUACUAUGUCAUAACAACAACAGAUCGCAUGACAAAAAGGAAGGCUCGAGAAGAAUGUCAGGUGCCGACCUACCCUUUCUCAAAUCAGAAAAAGAAAACCAAUGUGGCAAACUCGAUGGAGAAAAGUGAAGAACCAUGGCUUGGAAUGGAAACCACUGGAAACAAUGAUUUUAAAUGGAUCGAUGGAGCAUCGUUAUCAGCCACAUUUUCUGCAUGGACUACAGGAGAACCAAACAACCCUGGAGUGGAGAAUUGUCCCUACAUGUAA